CGGGAGUGGAGUGGCACAGUCCGGCCGCGCCGCUCCGAGCCGGCGCACGCGCAUCCUAUCAGAUUAUCAGACCGUAUAAAAACAACUGCCGGUGCGCCGCCCUGCACACUGCUUCAACAUGUCGGUGGAACAAGUGGUUCGUUUAGACGAGGCGGCAGACGGCGUGGUGCUGGCCAAGGGCGUGGCCAUGGCGGUGCUGUUCUCGGCGUCGAUGGUGUGCGGGCUGGUGCCCACGCUGCUGGCGCGGCGGCUGCGCUGGGUCACGGCGGACGCGGCGGGGAACCUCAAGUCCAGCAACCGCGCCGUCCGCUCGCUGCUGUCCUUCGGCGGAGGCGUGCUGCUUUCCACCACCUUCCUGCACCUCAUGCCCGAGAUCCAGGAGAACAUCGAGACCUUGCAAGCGCAAGGCAGGCUGCGUCACUUCGACUUCUCUCUCUGCCCGCUGCUGACGUGCUGCGGCUUCUUCAUCAUGUACCUGGUGGAGGAGCUGGUGCACCUCUACAUCCACCGGCGCGAGCGCAGCGCGGGGAAGGCGGCGCCGCUCGUGAGGAACAUGAGCAUCAGGCGCAGCCGGACCGGCAGUGGCGACAAGAGUGUCACUAACUCGACUGCUGAUCUCAUUGAUCCGGACACUUUGAAGAAGGAGAAGGACGUGGAAACUAACGAUCACAAGCACCAGCACCAUGGCCACAGCCACGUCGCCCUGACCGCAUCAAACGGCGACGAUGUAACGACCGCCUUGCGAGGCCUUCUCAUAGUCCUGGCCCUUUCAAUCCAUGAACUCUUCGAAGGACUGGCUGUUGGACUUGAAUCUGAUGCCAGAAAUGUUUGGUACAUGCUGGGAGCCGUUUCAGCUCACAAGCUGGUCAUUGCUUUCUGCAUCGGCGUGGAGUUGAUCGCCACCCGCACUAAAACCUGGCUGGCUGUGAUCUACAUCACUACCUUCGCCGUGGUGUCUCCUAUGGGCAUCGGUAUAGGCAUCCUGCUGGUGGGUGGGCAAGGUGCGACGGCUGCCGGGGUGUACUCCGUGGUGCUGCAAGGCAUUGCGUCGGGGACCCUCCUGUACGUCAUCUUUUUCGAGAUCUGGAAGAGCGACACCACGGGCAUCUUGCAGUACUUCGCUGCCCUACUCGGGUUCUGCCUUAUGUUUGGACUGCAGUUGAUAACUCCGCACUCGCACAGCCAUGGCGGCGACGACGGCGACCACGGCCACUCGCACGACACGGGGGCGUCCCACGGACACUCACAUGACUAGAAAUAUUCGCUUUUGAGCGGAGUCUACACGAUAAGACCGUACACGUAGGGACCGAGAGACUUUUUGUGACAAAAACGGUGGAAUCGGAUCACGCAAUGUUUCCAUAGGAGCGGGUUAGGACCGUACCAUAAUGUAGGUACUACUGUUAUCGUGUAAACGCCACUUUAUGGCUUCCCAUGGCCUUAGCUUAUCAAGUGCCACCUUUCAAAGGUUACAAAGUAUUUUUAGUGUAUAAAUAACUCAUAAAUUACUACCACGGAAAGAAAGUAGGGAAUAUGAACCCAAAUUGGGAAUGUAAACUUAUUACAAAAUAUAUAAGUGUGCCGCGUACUUAAGUAGUAAAUAUUAUUUAGGUAACUUGUUACAAGUUACUAAUUCAUUCGUUCAUAAUUUUUACUUUCUUUUCUUUCGUUUAAGACAUUGUAAGUUGUGAAGUAUUAGAUUAUUAUAAUUUUAAAUUAGAACAGGGAUACGAAGAAGGGAUUCUAGUCAUCCUAACUAUACUUUUAAGAUAAGAUAAGAGCGGGCGAGAUGUCCGAUUUUGUAUUGUUUGUAUAAUAAGUUUGAACUAAUUUUCCAAACUCUGUUAGCAAAGGCUAUUAAGUAAAAUCUUAAUUUAAAAAUGAAGUAAGUACCUACUUACUUACUUUAAAAUAAUAUUAUGUUCUUGGUGAAGUUUAACAGUUAUGUACUUACUUGCAUUGUAACUAAAAAGACAGCGCGCUAGCGCAACCUAACAGAGUAAGGUGAAGUUAUGCUUUAGCGUAAGUUAUGCACAUGUAAGAUGUGUAUAUGAGAACAAUUUGAUUUAACUCAUAUCCGAUCGAUGAAGACACUGACAAUAGUUAUACUUAUAAAAUAGUAAACAGUUUUUUUUUACCGUGUUUAAAUAUUUUAACCGUAAAAAAAUCUUAAUAAAUAAAUUAUUGAAUUACAAGGAAUCAUACAAUUAUACAAUGUACAAAAUUAUAUAGAACCUAUCGUUAAAUGACUGUGAUAUUAUUAAACGAAACAGUGAUUAAUAGGACAAAAACGCAAAUCAUGUGGAAAUAAAUGUCUUCUGAUUACAUCCAUA